AUGGAUAAGGGUUUAUUUGCUGAAGCAAGAGAUGACUCCAAAGCAUUACUGAAAGCGCACCUCAAUAUGGGAAUUAAUGCCAAACCUUCACUGUCUGCCUGGCCAAGCCAUGUUGUUCCUCGAGGACAGAAUGUGACCCUCACUUGUGACACUCACAAUAAGUUUAACACAGCCAUGUUGUACAAAGAGCAUGAAGAUCCUAAACUUCAGGUCUAUAAAAGAAUGGUCAAGAAAAGUAUUAUUUUGGGACCUGUGACCCCAGCAUUUGGAGGAACAUACAGAUGCUAUAUUUAUAGUUAUAAAGGUCAAUACCAUAAUGAACUCUCAUCACCCAGUGAGCCUCUGAAGAUCAUAAUUUCAGGAAUCUACAGGAAACCUUUCCUCUUGGCCCUACCAACUCCCCUGGUAAAAUUAGGAGAGAAGGCGACAUUGAAGUGCCUAUCAGAGAUUAUGUUUGAUGCUUUCACUUUGACUUCACAUAGAAUGGGAGUAAUCAAGAACUCUUACCAGCUCUCUGCAGAAGCUCAUAUUGGAGGGUCCCAUGCCAACUUCCCAAUAGGUCCUGUGACAACUGACCAUGCUGGGACUUACACAUGCUAUGGUUCUUACAAGCAAACACCAUAUGAGUGGUCUGAAUCCAGUGACCCUGUUGACAUAAAGAUCACAGGUUUAUUUAAGAAACCAUCUCUGUCUUCCCUGAGGCAACAUGAGAUGACAUCAGGAGAGAACAUGAUCUUGUCCUGCACCUCUGACCAUCAGUUUGACAUGUUCCAUCUGUCCAUGAAAGGGGUGCCUCUGGGACAUGGGUUGCCUGCAGAGCAGAGCCACAGUGGGACAUUCCAGGCCAACUUCCUUCCUGUUCCUUUGAUCCAGACAGAGACGUAUAGAUGCUAUGGUUCUUUCAGGAACUCUUCCCAUGUGUGGUCAUCCCCAAGUGACCCAUUGUUCCUGUCUGUCUCAGGAAUAUUAAAAAGAGGCCAGAAAGAGACAUCUAAGGAGCCUGAGAAACUGAACUUGGAGGAAAACAGGUAUGUGAUCUUCAUUGACUUAGGCCAGGAGAGGGCCACUGAGGAACAUGAAAGAAAAGAAAUGCUGGAAGUGACAUACACAGAAUUUGAACAGUUGACAUUCACACAAUUGACCAUGCCCGAUACCGAGCAGCCCCAAGAAUUUUGCAAAGAGAUCAGUGUGGACAUGGUAGUUAUGAAACAAUAG